AUGGAACACACCAUGGAAACCGCGUUGUUUACGUUUCACAGAUUUGCUGGGGAUAAAGGCUACUUAAUGAAGGAGGGCCUGCAAGUACUCAUGGGAAAGGAGUUCCCUGGAUUUUUGGAGAACCAAAAAGACCCUCUGGCUGCGGACAUAACAAUGAAGGACGCGGACCAGCGCCAAGACAGCACACUGAACUUCCAGAACUUGUUUUCACUCCCUGCGGGGCUCACCACUGUGGACAACAACUAUUUUGUAGUACCUAUGAAGCAGAAGGGGACGAAGCAGGCAGAACUAAGCAAUUACUCGGCCCCGUGA